GAUGCAGGUGCGGCUGCGCAAGUGUCUCUCAGUGGGAGGGGCGAACAGACCACGUGAUCAUCGUGGCCGCCAUGGGGCUGCUGAGACCAGCAGUGUUGUUAGGUCUUGUGGGCAGCAGAGGCGUAAUACGAAGCAUGUGUGCUCAGGUGGGAGACUGGCAAAGUGCCAAGUCCAUCUAUGAAUUCUCUGCCAAGGACAUCGAUGGGAAUGAGGUGUCUCUUGAGAAAUACAGAGGUUAUGUGUGUGUCAUUGUAAAUGUAGCAUCUAAAUGAGGAAAGACCAGAGUAAACUACACUCAGCUAGCGGGAAUGCACGCCACCUAUGCUGAGAAGGGUUUACGCAUCCUGGGCUUCCCAUGCAACCAGUUUGGAGGACAGGAGCCAGGUACAGAAGCAGAGAUAAAAGAGUUUGCCAAAGGUUUCAAUGCAGAGUUCGAUCUCUUCAGUAAGAUAGAGGUGAAUGGAGACAAUGCUCACCCUCUGUGGAAGUGGAUGAAGGCGCAGCCCAAAGGCAAAGGAACCCUGGGAAACAACAUCAAAUGGAACUUCACAAAGUUUCUUAUCAAUAGAGAGGGACAGGUGGUGAAGAGAUACGGCCCAACGGAUGAUCCCAGUGUGGUGGAGAAGGACCUGCAUACAUACCUGUAAUACUACUGUCUCCCAUGUCUUCGUUUGAAUCCUGACCUCUCUUAUGGACUUCAGGGUGUGUGUGUGUGUGUGCCUGGACCAGUGACGGCCCGUCUGUAAACCCAACAGUGGGAAGGGCAGGGCCUGAUGAUCUUGGCGUGCAACUUAUCUCCAGAGCCCACUCACACCAAACCCUGUACGACCACAUGAGAGGACGUUCACUCGUUAUCUAACGUAGAGACACUUGACGUCAUGCUUCACUCUGAACAGCCAUUCCUUUUUCUUAUACAAAUAUCAUGUCAUCCUUUCUGAAUGUUGAGCUUGCUCACGUGUCAGUCAGCUUUACGCAGAAACAUAGAAUGCCAUAAUUUUCACUGAUUUCUGUAAACUACUGAUAGCAUUGUUUGUGCUUAACUUGCCAAAAGGCCUAUUAUUGUAUCUGACACUGACGACUUGUGUGAUGAAACUGGAAAAUAAAUGCUGUUGUGGACA